AAUUCACUUUCGUUAUCAAAACUGACCUCUUUAUAACCCAGUUUUGUAACAAUUGAGACUACACCUACAAUUUGUUAAAAAUGUCGAAUUUAAACAAGGUAGAUUUUGUGACGGGGAUGCGAAGGAUGUUUUAUUUUGUAUCACCGAACGAGACGUCGUUUGAGAAGACGGAAGAAGUGCCACAAUACAUUAAUGAGGCAACACCAUUUUUCUUUGCGUUUAUUGGUAUAGAGAUGGUCAUUUCGAUUUUGAAACAAGACAAGAAGUUCAGAAUGAACGAUGCUUUUACCUCAGUCAGUGCCGGAAUGUUUUCUAGAUUACCAAUGAUACUGCUUCGAUCAAUUACAAUAGAGGGUUAUACAUGGGUGUACAAACAUUACUGUAUUAAGGAACUACCCUGGGAAAGCCCCUGGACAUGGUGGCUCACCUUCAUUGGAGUUGACAUGGGGUACUACUGGUUUCAUAGAUUUGCUCAUGAAGUGAAUUUUAUGUGGUCCUUCCAUCAGACACAUCAUAGUUCAGAAGAUUACAACUUCUCUACCGCUCUCAGACAGUCAGCUAUGCAGAUUUACACAUCAUGGGUGUUUUACCUACCUCUGGCACUUUUUGUUCCACCCUCUGUAUUUCUGGUUCAUCAAGAGCUUAACAUCCUCUACCAGUUUUGGAUUCAUACUCAGUACGUGAAGAGCCUUGGGCCGCUUGAAUACAUCUUAAACACACCGAGUCACCAUAGAGUACAUCAUGGGAGAAACCCUUACUGCAUUGACAAAAACUACGCUGGGACACUCAUUAUCUGGGAUAGACUCUUUGGAACAUUUGCACCGGAAUCAGACGAAGUCGCGUAUGGUGUUACACAUCCGAUCAACACAUUUGAACCAUUUUCUAUACAGUUUAGUUACUCCAAGUAUCUCCUUAGAAGAUGUCUUAGCAUGGAUGGCAUCGGCAAUUGGGUAAAGAACUUCCUGUAUGGGCCUGGUUGGCUUCCUGGAAAACCUAGGACAGGAGACAUCAACGAUAUUCCAAAGAUAGAGCAACCAGUAAAGAGGUAUUCUGUUCAGUUGCCACAAUGGAAGUCUGUGUACGUGCUCAUACAUUUCGCUUUAUUUACCAUCGGAUACCAAGAACUGAUGGCAAGACAGUCUGUACGUAUAUCUAAAAAUCUGAAAGUAAAAUAUUCAUUUACUGUAAAUUGGUGAUUGGUUUAUUUUCGCUACAUUCCCGAACAUUACGACAC